GGCGAAGCUUCGCGGUAGCGAGGACAGCUAGCCGGCAGCUUGCAGAACAUCUGUGAAAGAUGAUAACUGUGAAUAUACAAUAAAAUAUAUUUAUUUAUCAAGUAUUAUUCAUUUGACUGCAUUACCUCAGACGUUCAUAUGAAUGUUAAACACGAUGAUUUCCGGUGAAACGCGAGUAUUUUGAGCAUGAGAUUCCUGCCAGAGUUUCUCAUCAUGGACACUAAACCAGGUUACAGUCUUGGCUCAUCUGGCAAACUGAUGAAUCAAUACAUGAUUAAAGACCACAUGCUGUCACAUUACAGAAAGCUGUAUUCAGCCAAAGCUGUUGUGGACUGUUCGGUGCCUAAAAGCAUGUGCAGCAAUGUCAAAUAUGUUGAUCAAAAGCGCCGUGAGCAGUUAAGGAAAGACACUCGAAGUCAGUCUGGAAGAUCCACUUCCCAGAGGAGCUCUAGUAUAAACUCAAGAACUUCCCGUUCUUCUAAGAAUAGCAGACCCUCUGUUCAGGGUGACGACAGUGCCUAUCAUUGCCUGGACCAAUCGCUGAUGUCUUCACCCAGGAUCAACACCUCAUUCCACUCCAAACAAAUCGCAUAUCCAUCCCCUGCGAACCAUUUCCCAUCCGCCUCAGAGUUGACAUACCAAAGCCCAAACGCUCACUGGCAUCCCGCGGAUCCAUCCUGUGCCACAUCCGCCAGUCAGAGAGGAUACAGAAGCUUCCAGGAUCCCACACAGAAGACCUACAGCGGAGACGUUCUGCUGAAACACACUCAACGCUUCACUCAGGAGAAACCCUUCACCCCGAGAACGCUCAAAUCAGACCACAAGUCCACGCUCUUACAGUACCGCUAUUACACACCUCCACGGAGGAAAGCUGAGGAGGAGAAAUCCUCCUCUAAAAUCAUUCGACAGGAGACGUACCACAGGAGCACACGGUCCAAACGCUUUUCUCCACAGCUCGAGUCCCAGGCAUUUACUCUUGAUCACGAGUGGUCGGAUGAAGAAACAGCUUCAUUUAGACAUCACGGCAAGACAAACAGGUUUAGAGAUAGUGAAUAUCUUCUCUCAUCCUCCAGGAUUUCACCAGAAGGCAUGAGGUCUCCCAUAAUGAGAAAGGUUUCAGCAGAGGAGGAGGAAUUAAUGCACCUGGAGUUCAUUACAGACGUGACGAAUGAGAUCUUAACACAGGGCCUUUAUUCUGACAGGGUACUGAAGAGAGUAUUUGAACGUCACAUUGAUAUGAACAAACAUCGAUUAGAUGAGAACAAAAUGCGCCACCUUCUAGACAAUCUGCAGGAGGACCUGCAAAGUCCCCCUGCUGCCGCCAUCAGUCAGACGCUGCCAUCAGAUGAUGUUGAUGAUCUGCUUCGUAAAGUGUUUAACGAGGACGUGAGUUCUGCUGAUGCGUCCACACUUGUGCGCCACAGUCGAGCCGGUCCGGAGGAAGUCGACGUGGAGUUCAGUCGUAACGAAGGCAGCGAGAUCUCCCUGAAUGAUCCCAGGAACACUGAAGACGAUAAUGAAGUGUCACAGCAGGUUGAUGAACUUGAGAAAAUCAUGGCGGAGUCUUUAAAUGUGUCAGAAACUCAACAGCAAGUGUCUGAACAGGAGCAGACGAGAGGAGACAUCAGUGAUGAUGAGUUUUAACUCAGUGAAAUGUUUGCAAAAGCACAAUG